UAGAGUUUAUAUCACUCAUUAGACAUAUCCAAAGAGAACAAUCUUAUAAAUUGUACUGUGAAUUGUGCUAAAAAUUAGAUGAGUUCGGAUGAAUACUUAUUUGAAUUCUUGCAAAGUUUUCUUUCCAAUUGCAAACUAACUUUUCUAAUUAUUCAUUGCAAAAUAAAAACUUUUCUUAUUGCUUGCUUCUACUAGUUAGCAGUUUCAAAGUUCAGCUCAAAUGAUGAUACCCUUUUUUGCAGUAAAAAAAAUAAUCACUUUAAGACAAUGUUUUCUUAGCCUUUCAGACCCAAACCUGUUGGUUUUACUUGAAAAUGUCAUAUUUUUCAGGCCAUGUAAACCAUUUCACUCAAUUAGAGGACGCAAAUGCAGUUCAGAAUUAUUUUCAAUACCUAAGAUAGAUUACACAGUUGAUCAAGAUGUAGCGAGGGCCAACUCCAUGAUCAGUAGGCUGAGCAAAAAGGGUCGAAUUCUUGAAGCACAGGAACUGUUUGAUAAAAUGCCUGACCCAGAUGUUAUUUCGUGGACGGCUUUGAUUACUGGGUAUGUGAAAUGUGGCAUGAUUGAUGAAGCAAGAGAUUUGUUUGACAGAGUUGAUGUUAAGAAAAAUGUGGUAACUUGGACAGCGAUGAUUAAUGGCUUUGUGAAAACGAGGAGGAUUAUGGAGGCAGAGAGGCUAUUUAAUGAAAUGCCUGAAAAAAAUGUUGUUUCUUGGAAUACUAUGAUCGAUGGCUAUGUGAAAUGUGGUAGACUUGAUAGAGCUUUGGGGUUGUUUGAGAGGAUGGACGAGCGGAAUGUGGUUUCUUGGAAUAUAGUCAUUGCGGGGUUAAUUCAGUAUGGUAGAAUUGAGGAGGCCAGGGAGAUUUUUAAUAGGAUGCCAGAAAGGAAUUUGAUUUCUUGGACUUCUAUGGUUGCAGGUUUGUCAAGGAAUGGGAGAGUGGAUGAAGCUAAGUUGUUGUUUGAGAGGAUGCCUGAGAGGAAUGUUGUUUCAUGGAAUGCAAUGAUUACUGGUUAUGCACAGAAUUCAAGGUUGAAUGAAGCUUUUGAUUUGUUUGAGAGGAUGCCAGUGAAGGAUGUCACAUCAUGGAAUACAAUGACAACAGGCUUUAUCCAAAAUGGAGAUUUGGCAAUGGCAAAUAGGCUGUUUAAUGAAAUACCCGAAAAGAAUGUUGUAUCAUGGACUGUGAUGAUCAAUGCACAUGUGCAAGGUGGUCAAAGUGAGGAGGCAUUGAGGAUUUUCACUGAUAUGCUUGCACAUAGUGGGGUUAGGCCUAAUGAAGGAACUUUUGUAAGUGUCUUGGUUGCUUGUGGUGACUUGGCUUCUCUUGCUGAGGGAAGGCAAAUUCACCAGCUAAUUAGCAAGACUGUUUAUCAGAAGUGCGAUUUUAUCAUUUCAGCACUUAUAAGUAUGUACUCCAAAUGUGGAGAUUUAUUAACAGCUAGGAAGGUCUUUAAUGAUGGGAUAAGAGGGCAGAGGGAUUUGGUCUCUUGGAAUGGUAUCAUCGCAGCCUAUGCUCACCAUGGACACGGUAAAGAGGUAAUAAAAUUGUUUCACGAAAUGCAAAAUAUGGGACUGAAUCCAAAUGAUGUGACGUAUGUGGGAUUGCUUACUGCUUGCAGCCAUGCUGGUCUAGUGGAGGAGGGUUUCAGAUAUCUUGAUAUGCUUGUGAAUGACAGGUCCAUAAAAUUGAGAGAAGAUCAUUAUACAUGCUUCAUUGAUCUGUGUGUUCGAGAUGGGAGGUUCAAGGAGGCCUCUAACUUCAUCAAGCAGCUUCCUAGCAAGGCAUCCCAAUAUGCUUGGGGAUCUUUUCUUGCUGCAUGUAAUGUUCAUGGGGAUGCAGUUAUAGGAAAACUGGCUGCACAAAAACUUUUAGAGGCAGAACCAGAAAAUGCUGGUUCUUUUGCACUGCUAUCUAACAUAUAUGCUGGCAGCGGGAGAUGGAGAGAAGCUGCAGAGCUCAGGAUAAUUAUGAAGGAUCGGGGGCUCAAAAAACAGCCUGGUUGCAGCUGGAUUCAAGUUGGCAACGGAAUACAUCUUUUUGUUGUAGGCGAUAAAUCUCAUAGUGAAACUGAGCAAGUAUAUACUUUAAUUGGAAAUCUUCAUUCAAAAAUGAAGAAAGAUGGUACAAUUUCAGAAAUCUUAGUAUAAUAGAAGACAGUGUAUCUAUUAAUGGAAAUUUUGGAGUAUUAAUGGUUCAUGUAGGUAUAUACUGCAUGGAGUUGAAGAAAGAAUGGUUGAUGUAAUGAUUUUCAAUUUUCCUGU